CCUUUCCCACCCUCCUGCUCGCCCUUCCCCUGCUCCCUUCCCGGCGCCGCCCGCUCAGCGCGUCCGCGAGCCGCGAGCCGCGCGCCCUAGCGAGCGCGGCCCUUUCCUGUCGGUCCCCGGGGUUAGUCUCCUUCGCCCGACCUCCUGGAUGAGUUCGCACCGCUCGCGGUCGGAUCUGUGCGGGCCGGGUCUUCCUGCUGUUCCCCAGGGCAUUCGGGCCAGGUUGCUGCUGCAUUUGAGAUGCAGAGUGGGAAACAGGAGGAAGGUGCCUUCCCAGGAGUCACAACCCCUUCCCGGGUGGCGCUGGUGACCUGCACCCAUUCCGGGAACUACUGCCUGAGUGUGCACUCCUGGGUCCUGGGUUCCUCCGGAAGCCUUUGGGCAGCUCUGGGAUAGGAGGGAGGUCGUGACCCUAAUCCCUCAGGGUUCAGAAGCUAGGGGAUGUGCUCUGGGAUGGGGAUGGGGGCUCCUCUAGUAAGAAAAGAGGGUGGGCUGGCAGCUGAGAGCCGCGCUGAGAAGUCAGCAGGGGAACAGUACCCGGGGCGCUGAGAACAGAAGGGGUAAUCCGAGAGUUCAAGCAAAGAGUUCAGCCUCACGUCCUAGAGGGAAGCUUAAGUAGGGGAGGGGUUUUUGUGAGCGCGCAUGUGUGUGUGUUUGUGUCUCCGUGUGUGUGUGUGUGUGUGUGUGUGUGUGUGUGUGUGUGUAAAGAAAAAAAGAAGUACGUUUGCCUUGCCCCGGGGCACAAACACGUUUUGUUCUUUAGGCGAUGACCUGCUGCCCCAGACUCUUGGAAGCUGAAAUGGAGAGGUGGGGAAGAAAGAACAGGACUUGCUCGCCCUCUUUUCAAAGUGCGAUUUAUCGGCCUUCUUUCUUUUUUUCUUUUCACUUUCUUUUCUGAGAUGAGUAACUCAGGAAAUGAGCAGGUGUACAUUUUGCCAUAGGAUGCUAAGGGCUUGAAUACUUUUCGCCUAGUCUUCCAUGUAAAGCAUGUGCACCCUGUGCACGGAGAUGGCCUUGGGACAGUCCCUGACCCAACCAGUUUUAUGCUAAUGAACGCUCGCUGCAGGAGGAUCUACCGAGAGGGGGCGGGAGUGGGGCAACUUGUCAGUUUCGGGGUAGAAAUGAUCCAGCUGUUGAAGAGGGAUAAGUUCAGAGGUUCUGGGAGAAAGAGAGUAGGGAAAGUUGGAGACCAUAAGCAGGCACUUGGGAACUAGGCGAAAAUAUUCAUAUAUAUAAAAACUUUGGUACCUUUAGAAUAAACUUAAUGGUGAGGGGAAGAAAGCAGGAGUUCUUAGCAGGAUAAGGAAACCGGCCAGGAGAGGUGAGAAGGCAAUAGUUAAGACCAGUAGGAAAUAGAGGCCCAAAGCCACCAUUUAUUUCUUCUUCGAGACUCUUCCUCUGUAGGGUCUGGGAAGAAAAGGGAAAAGACUGGAACUCCAUCCCAACCUAACUCACCUAGCUAGAAAUUCUUUUCUGUGUUUAUUUGAUGUACCUAUCCUGACCUCUUUUUUCAGCUGUGGGGUGUGUGUGUGUGUGUGUGUGUGUGUGUGUGUGUGUGUAUCCCUUUCGCGCAUACGUGCGCGCACACAUGCUUCUGCUGGAUCCGGUGGAUGGCCAGAUGGCAGUGGGCACGGUGAGCAUGCUGAUCGCUAAAUGCCAUUUAGUCAGAUAACUGUCAUCCUGGUUGUCCAGAAGAUCUCAUAUUGGUCCAAAACCCGUCGUAAAAAACUACCACAAGCAACCAGAACAUUGUUGUAGAGUUAUGAACGAUGCAUGGUAAAACUGGAAGUCAGUUCAGACACUUCUGCUGCUGUCACCUUGAUUCUGUGACAAAUUGAGAUGCAGUUUUCCUCUUUACUAACGAAAUGCCUGCUCUUCUCCCAAUGUCCAUUGUGUUUCUGGUGCUGGAUAAUCAACAGUCAUUUUACAUAUGAAGGCACACACGGGCGUGAACACACACACACACACACACACACACACACACACACACCCUGUGAGAAACUCCUUAUAGUGACUCUGUGAUAUUAUGAAACCAAGACUUUAAAUGCUAAUUUUAGUCAUAUAAUUGAAAGAUAAUCUUAAACGUACUUUUUAAAAAAAAGUUUUCUCUUUACUUUCUUUCCUGCUCUUUCCAGUCUCCCUAAUCAUCAUUCUUUUCUCCCUCUUUACAUCUUUCCUUCCCAGAGGUUCGCAACAGUUCCGGAGUCUUAAGUUGCAAGGCCAAAGAUCAGUUAAACCCAGUAGAAUUGUUUAUCCCUUUAAAAUAUCUCAUCUGUACCAUAAUAUUUUUCAUUUGGCCUUAAUAUGUGAUUAAAUGUCUUGUUCUAACAUCCUACUUCAAGCUAUUCUUCGGCAGGGAAAGUGCUGACUGACUAUUAAAUUUUGAUUUUAUAUCAAAUAAAAAGCCUGCUCAACUUAAACACAUGGAAAUGUUAUCCCGAGAAGAGGUGAAUACAUACUUACCUAGGUUCUCCAAACAGCACCAUAAGCCAAGAAAUGGAAAGUUGCAUUUGAACUUUCUCUUGUCACAAAUAUACAAUUUGCAUAUAAGCACAUUACUGGUUGAAUGGUAAUGAUAAGGGUUAUGUUUUCAUUUCUUUAUUUUGAAAGCAAUAGCUGGUAUACUUUGUACUUUGAACUUGAAAACUAUUUUUUUUUCAUUUAAAUCUGGUUUAUGUUUUGGUGUUAGGACUUGAUUUUUAUUACUCUAGAUUCCAGUGACAUCUUUCACCCUAAUUUAUCUCUGUUCUGGGUGUUUAACUGAUCAAGGGAAAAUUUGUUCAUUGUCCUACUGAAAAUAUAGAAGAAGUAGGAACAUUUCUCGUAUAUGAUUAGUCAUAUAGAUAAACAUUGUGUGCUGUGUAUACAAUAUGAGUCUGUGAUGUCAAAUUUUAGUAUUAUCAGCUGCUUAAAGAUAUAUAUCUAAUGAGGAUUCAGCAAUAUUUAAUUUUCAGGGGACUUUUAGGAUGCUAAAAAAAGUAAUGUUAAAGGAAAGAAACAUUAAUAAACUUUUUUGAGAGUGACUCAGGAACAGUAACAAAUCUUAAGGUGGAUUUAAUUUGCUUGGGGCUAUUGCAUUAGUAUGCUUUCUAUGAAAAUUAGAGUAAAUGUUGAAGCCAUCUGUCACUACCACUAGGAGAAGAAAAAGGCACUGUUACCUCCUAGAUAGUAAAGCUAAAAAAAAAAAAUACAGGUCUCAAAACACCGAAGAAAAAUCUAAGGGAAAUCCAUUUGAAAGUUGUUAAAAGACAAAGUCUGACCUUGAUAAGUUUCCUCCAAUUAUUAUUUUAAAACUAAACAUUAGUCGUCUGAACUUGGCUGUUGCCGCGGAGGUCAGUUAAUUAACUGCUAACCAUUAAAUAACAACAACAACAAAAAGUCAUUAUGUCCACGGUCAAGUCUGUUUGUGUCAGUCAAUUGCUUGUUUGUUGAUUUGGAUUAAAGUUUGAUUUUUUUUCUGUGAAUUCAUAGAAUGAAAAGUGAUUCUCGCAUUUGUUAUCUCAAAUGCUUCUUUUCUUGAUUAUUGGAGAAAGAUGAUUUUAUUUCUUUGUUUUUUUUUAAGACAGAUUAUGACUUGGCUUCUGUGUAGCCUGAGAUUUGCAAAGUUUUUUUUUUAAUUUAAACAGACUACCUCAUUCAACCUUUCACAUACAUUCAGAACAGCAUUCUUUUGUCUUUAAAGUAGAUGCUAUCCAUGAACAUAAAUUGGAAGAUAUGCCAAGCCUUUCAUGUUUCAGGGUCAUAUCUGAAUGCAGUUUUGCUGUUAGAACUGUAGAUUUCCCAGUAAUUCUUUGCUUUAUUUUUCUUGUCAAGGGUUUUUAAUAAAGAUAGAAUCCUGGGGCAGUAUUUAUUUAACAUUUUCCCGUUGUCUGCUCUGCAUUGACAAGGGAUUUUCAACACAAAUACAGAUUCACUCACUUCUGACAGACAGUAAUGACUCCUGGCACAGAGAAAUUUAAGAAUUAUUUCAUAUGAAGAGACUAUGCUUUUGAAGUGUUUGUGUUAUGUUGGAUUAAUGAUUCCCAUAAAACCAAGUGUCUCAUUUUAUAACAUUUCAAAAAGAGAGCGACAUGAUUAGCCAUGAAAUAUGGAAGCUAGUUUGGAUUUAUAACUUAUUUCUUUCUGAUUUACAAAUGUUAGAAAAUUAUAGCUUAAUUACUAAUAUAUUAAUGAGACUAUCACCUGGUAGUAUAGACCUUAAGUUUUUGAGUUAUGUAGCUAAUAUUUGUUCCCUGUAGUUAGUUUUGAACAUAAUUAUUGUUAAAAAUGUGCAUGUCUACAUUUUUUUUUUACUUUUAGGAAAAAUUUAAGUAAAUGUUACGAUGAAAUAAAUUUAAUUUUCACAAAUAAUAUCUUAUUUUUAGAGCUUCAAAUUUUCUUUCCACACCCAGUUUCCUUACCCAUGCCCAGUUUCCUUAUACAAAAUUUAAUAAAUUUGAUCCAGGUUUUUAAAAAUCAUCUCUUUAUUAGUCAAUGCUUGCAGGGUUUUUUUUUUUUUUAUUCUGUUUGCUUAAUCUACUGCAUUUCAUGGGAGUUGGAUGUAAAUUAGUGAGACAAAUAUCAGACACCUCUUUUUUCCUUACUUACCUCCCCUGUCCCCUGGGAUGUGACACCCAAUAUUGAUUAAAGUCUUGGCAGGGUUUGGGCAUAAAUCACUCCUUUCUUUGGCGAUUUACUACAUGUGAUUCACCAACAUACGAAAACAUAAUAUGGUUUAUUGUUUCUCAUUUGAUGUUUGUUUCCGGAAUGUAAAUAGCAUUUGCAAAUUAGCUUAAUUUGCAACCAAGUAGUUGUCAUUUUAAGAACACAGGGUGAUUUGACUAUCAAUCAGUAGUACAUUUCAAGUUAUUUUAUUCAGUUGUUUCCUACAAUUGUCUUUGUCAAUCAAGUAAAAUAGUUAUUUUAAUAGUAUUGUAUCAGCAACACAAAAUACAGCUUUGCAAAUUGCACUAGGCAGUGGAACUCUUACAGGUUGCAAAUUGUCUCCUUUUGAAUCUCUGCUCGAAGAGAACAGUUUAAAACAAGCCUUCUGAGUAGGCACAGUUCCAGACCUGGAAGGCCUCCUAAGAGGACUCAAAGUGUCACUUCCCCAGAGAACUCUCACAUCAUGCCACAUUCUGUCCCUGGUCUCAUGUCGCCUGGGAUAAUUCCACCAACAGGUCUGACUGCAGCUGCUGCAGCUGCUGCCAACGCCGCCAUUGCUGAAGCAAUGAAGGUGAAAAAAAUAAAAUUAGAAGCUAUGAGCAACUAUCAUGCCAGUAACAACCAACAUGGAGCAGAUUCUGAGAACGGGGACAUGAAUUCAAGUGUUGGCAGCAGUGGUGGUUCUUGGGAUAAGGAAACACUGCACUCUCCCCCAUCCCAAGGAUCUCAGGCUCCUGUUGCACAUGCCCGCAUUCCUGCAGCGUAUAGCCUUCCAGUUAGCCAUCCUCUCAACCAUCUGCAGCACAGCCACCUUCCGCCAAAUGGACUGGAACUUCCUUUUAUGAUGAUGCCUCACCCUCUAAUUCCUGUCAGCCUACCUCCAGCGUCUGUCACCAUGGCAAUGAGUCAGAUGAACCACCUUAGCACCAUUGCAAACAUGGCGGCUGCGGCACAAGUUCAGAGUCCUCCAUCCAGGGUGGAGACAUCUGUUAUUAAGGAGCGUGUUCCCGACAGUCCCUCACCGGCUCCGUCUCUGGAGGAGGGCCGAAGGCCUGGCAGCCACCCAUCAUCACACCGCAGCAGCAGCGUGUCUAGCUCCCCAGCGCGGACCGAGAGUUCUUCCGACAGAAUCCCUGUCCAUCAGAACGGGCUGUCCAUGAACCAGAUGCUGAUGGGUUUAUCCCCAAAUGUGCUUCCUGGGCCAAAGGAGGGGGAUUUGGCUGGUCAUGAUAUGGGGCAUGAGUCAAAACGGAUCCACAUUGAAAAAGAUGAGACCCCACUUUCUACACCAACCGCAAGAGACAGCAUGGACAAACUUUCUCUGGCUGGGCAUGGACAACCUCUACCUCCGGGCUUCCCAUCCCCCUUUCUGUUUCCUGAUGGCCUGUCUUCCAUAGAGACCCUUCUCACUAACAUUCAGGGCCUCUUGAAAGUUGCCAUAGAUAAUGCCAGAGCUCAAGAAAAACAGGUCCAACUGGAAAAAACAGAGCUGAAGAUGGAUUUUUUAAGAGAAAGAGAACUAAGAGAAACACUCGAGAAGCAGCUGGCCAUGGAACAAAAGAACAGAGCCAUAGUCCAAAAGAGGCUAAAGAAGGAAAAAAAAGCAAAGAGAAAACUGCAAGAAGCACUAGAAUUUGAGACAAAGCGCCGAGAGCAAGCAGAGCAGACACUGAAACAAGCAGCUUCAGCGGACAGUCUCCGGGUCUUAAAUGACUCCCUGACCCCAGAGAUAGAAGCUGACCGCAGUGGCGGGAGAGCAGAUGCUGAAAGGACAAUACAAGAUGGAAGGCUGUAUUUGAAAACUACCGUCAUGUACUGAUCACUUCGUGUUGAAGAAACCCUGUCAUCUACUACAGAACUCUGGAGGCCGACACUCAUCGUUGGAAAGUUCAGGAGAAAAACAAAGUCCGUAUAAAAGAACUUCUUUCAAUUUUGUGUGUUAACGCUCUUUGUCAUUUAAGUAUUCCACAACAGCAGAAAAGUUUCCUCCAUUGAGUUGUUUCACCUGUGGUUCACACCAGAGACUGAGAACGUUUGUAGAUGUACACAUAUCAACCUCCUUACACUUAUUAACUCUCCUGUGCUGCUGGACACUUGUGUACAGAGUUAAAGGCAGGUCUGAGGAAGACCAAGCGUUGGUUUGUUUUCUUUUCCUCCUUAAUGGAAUGAACCAUUUUCUUUUCCUCUUCUGACAGUUCUGUAACCGAGCACAUCAACUGACUUCGUAGCAGUGUUCACCCAGACUUACAGAAUUGUGUCCCACAGAAACCAGCAAGAAUAUAUGGGAUGAACUCUUAAGGGGCGUAAAGGAUUCUGGGGUGGGAGGGAACGAGAGAAGUAAGAGUAUUCUGUUACAUGCAAUUUUAAACUCUACUAUAAUUGCAGGUUUUGUCCUGAAGACCUUUUUCAUAUACUUUCUGAAAGACCAACAAACAGAUGUUAACGACUCAAUGAAAUUACAUUUUGCAUAUCUGAAAAAGAAGCAUUGAAUAUAAGCCAAACGGUUUCACUGAUGGUCUCUUUUUCUUAAAGAUAAAAUAUAUAUAUAAAUAUAUAUAUAAAAUAUAACAUGUUUUCAUUCCAAACUGGUAGCGGUAUAUAGGAUUAAAAAUAAUAAUGUUGCUUCUUUAUCCAAAUGGUUGGUCACAUGUACAAUAUAUAAACAUAAAACUCACAGAAAGGGAUUAUGUAUGCAGUAGUAUACUAGCGUUUAGGAAAUGAAAAUUUUAGAAAAUAUGUUUUGUCACCCUGUUGGUCAGAAAGAUGUCUUUCUGGUUUUAACGCAUGCAGGCAUGUAAAUAUUUGUCUGGAGUCACAGUAUUAAUGAAUGAGAUCUUAUGCAUCUGGUGACAUCAGAACUCUGUGUCGGCCAUUUUUAUUUGUAUAUUGAUCCCUGGUGAGUGCCCCAAACUGCACUUCAGAGGAUGAAUUGUGGCUGACCAGUAAAUCAAAACACCAGAGAUAUUUUUAUAUGUUAAUGUCAUAUUAUGUUAAUGUUGCUGAAAAACAAAACUUAACAAGCCCUUGGUGUAUUGGUCCGAAACCAUGUAGCCCUGAGUGGUGAAGGUAAAGUGUGCAGUGCUUCUCACCCUGUUCAGAGGUGGGUGGGUCUACAUGUUCUUUUCACUGUCGUUUGGAAAGUUACAGUAUGUGUUUUCAUAUCUGUGCAUAUAACUGGAAGUAAAGCUUCAAACAGAGCUCAUCCCAUGCUGAAGUUACCUUUGCGUUUAUACAUUGGGAGUAACCGUUCUGAAGACGUACAUAAGUCACGCAGUUGCUCUACACUUUGAUUUCCUGUCAUUUUGAAGUUUUGUGAUUAUAAUAUUUUUAUGACCAUAAAAAAACAAAAUAAUCAUUCUAAAGAAGCUAGCACCAGUGUUUAAGGAUAGUUUUGAUUGGGUAAUUAUUAUUUGGUUAAGAAUAAAACAUGUCCUAUUAUGGAUGUCACUGAGCUCCUAUAAUUUUUAGUCUUCCUUGCAGUUCUGAAACCUAACUAAUUCUUGGCUGUAACUUGCUAUUAACUGUUUAAGUUCAUUUUUUUAAUACAGCAAAGGGUUAUAUGUACAGUUCUUUUAGCUUGCAUUAAAGGGGAGUAAUAUUUUAAUUUAAAAUAUUGUUAGUAACUGCUUUGUAGAAACGGUUUGCUGAGCAUAAUUCUUCCAUGGUCAUGUUUUGUUGUUUGAGCAAAAGAGAUUCUAUUCUUACUUACAUGUAUUUUUGUUGGUUUUUCCCUACAUACAGUCUUUAAAUGAUUACGAUUCUUAAAAUUGGAUGGAUUUUUGGAAAGGUUGGGCGUCAUAAUUUUUCUUUUUAACAGUCUGCUUUUUUUUUUGUUUGUUUUUUAAGACUACAACUUACGUAGGUAGGAGAGUUUGCCAUUGCUCUGCUCCUGGCAAAUGGGGUAAAUAGUUUUAAAAUAUGUACGCGAAAGACCUCUGAGAAUGCUUUAGUGUUUGGUUCAGCGUAAAAGGAAAUUUUAGGAUUGAAGACAAAAGCUGUCCACUAUAUGUUAAGAGACUCUUAUUAACCGUUGUAAAUAUUGCAAUUCACAAAAUGUUAUUGUAAGUUUGUAACUUAAUUUUUCCCUCUUUUUAGUUAAACAGGUUUGUUUAGGAAUUUGUGUUUUGGUGUAAGCAAGUAAAAUUGUGCCCAUUUUAUGGUUCCCAUGCUUUUGUAAUCUUACAAAUAUUAACGUCUAGUUGUUCUAUAUUAUAACCAUAUUUGCGCUCUAUGCAAGCCCUCGGAACAGAACAUACUCAUCUUCAUGUAGGACCUAUGAAAAUUGUCUAUUUUUAUCUAUAUAUUUAAAGUUUUCUAAAAAUGAAAAAAGGUUAUUACGAAUUUUGUUGUACAAAAUCUGUACAAAAAUCUGUUUUUACAUCAUAAUGCAAGAAUUGGAAAUUUUUCUAUGGUAGCCUAGUUAUUUGAGCCUGGUUUCAAUGUGAGAACCACGUUUACUGUUAUUGUAUUUAAUUUUCUUUUUCUUUUCAACAAUCUCCUAAUAAAAAUGUCUGAAAUCGC